GUUGGUGGAGACUGUCUGGAGCAUCAUUUAAAUUCUGGGAGGUCCUGAUUGUCAGCAGCAGGAAGAGAAGGCGAGCAGUGCAGCCCCAUCCAGGACGGGGCUCUCUUCUCAGACAGCCCAGAGCAAGGAAAAGUCACCAUGAGACUUGCAGUGAUUUGCUUUUGCCUUUUGGGCAUUGCCUACGCCAUUCCGAUUAAGCAGGCCGAUUCUGGGAGCUCUGAGGAAAAGCAGCUUUACAACAAAUACCCAGGUGCUGUAGCUACAUGGCUAAAGCCUGACCCAUCCCAGAAGCAGACUUUCCUAGCACUACAGAAUACCGUGCUCUCUCAAGAAAAUGAUGACUUCCAACAGAAGACCCUCUCAAGCAAGUCCAAUGAAAGCCAUGAGGAUGUGGAUGAAGAUGACGGAGACGAUGUGGAUAGCCAGGAUUCCAUUGAUUCCAAUGACGUAGAUGACGACUCUAACCAGUCUGAUGAAUCUGAUGAACUGGUCACUGAUUUUCCCACUGACAUUCCAGCAACCCAGUUUUUCACUCCAGCUGUCCCCACAAGAGACUCAAAUGAUGGCCGAGGUGACAGUGUGGCUCAUGGACUGAGGUCCAGAUCUAAGAAGUCCCACGGAUACGAAGUCCAGUAUCCUGAUUCUACAGAGGAGGACUUGACAUCACUUGUGAAAAGUGAGAGUACGGAAGAUGAUUUCAAUGCCGUCCUUCUUUCCCAGACUGUGCGGGGGACUUCUGACGGGGACAGCCACGCGAAAGACAGUCAGGAAACAAGUCAGCUGGAUGACCACAGUAUAGAAACAAAGAGCCACAAGCACACCAGAGAGUAUAAGCUGAGAGCAAGUGAUGAGAGCAAUAAGCAUUCCCAUGAGAUCGGUAGUCAGGAAAAUUCUGAGGUCAGCAGUGAACUCGUCAGCCAAAUAGUUCAAAGCCAUGAAAAGGAACGAGUCCUAGACUCCAAGAGUGUGGAAGAAGAUAAACACCUGAAAUUUCGCAUUUCUCAUGAAUUAGAUAGUGCAUCUUCUGAGGUCAAUUAAAAGGAGAAAAGGCAAUUUCUUACUCUGCUUUUAGUAAAAAGAAAAAAUACAUUGUAGCAGGAUGGGAGAGAAUAUGAAAUGCUUAUUUCUCAGCUUAGUUGGUGAAUGUAUAUGUAUAUGGAUCUGGAAAUAGAUACUGGUUUUGAUCAUUAGUUUAGUGUGUGGCUUCAUGGUAACACCCUUGUAAACUAAAAGCUUCAGGGUUUGGUCUAUGUUCUUUUCAUAUAAGAAAUGCAAGCUAUCACUGCAUUGUAAUGUUUGCUAUUCUUUUAUGAAUAGAAAUUAUGUAGAAGCAAACAAAUACUUUUACACACUUACAAAAGAGAAUAUAAAAUUUUAUGUCACUAUAAUCUUUUGUUUUUUAAAUUAGUGUAUAUUUGGUUGUGAUUGUUUUGUGUGUGUGAAUAAAUCUUAUGUCUCAAAUAUAA